AUUCUGAUCAGUGGAAAGAAGUGUGAGAUUGAAACGUGCUGCUCCAAAUUCCAAAUUGCUGCUAUCCUCUGAUAACAAAUAACUGUAGAUAACAGCUGACAGCCAAUAGAAUGUCAUCGUGCCAGAAGCAAAAACCCGUCAAGGAUCAUGUUGGCUACUCCAUGAACUAUGUGCUCAAGAAGACGCAAGUCGAUGCGACAAAGAGCAGCGAUCUGAUAUUCAAUCUGGACAAGACAAUCGCACGUCUGAUCGAGAAUGGAGGGAUGGGGAUGGGCAUGGGCAAUGGCAGCGUUCACUUGGCGGAGCAGGAUAUCAUGGAGAUUUGUAGACGGGCACGGGAAGUGCUGCUUGAGCAGCCGAUGCUGCUCGAACUACGGGCUCCCAUCAAUGUUUUGGGCGAUAUUCAUGGACAGUUUGGCAACAUGCUGCAGUACUUCAAGAUGUCCGGCUAUCCACCGCUGGUGAAUUAUCUAUUUCUGGGCGAUUAUGUGGAUCGCGGCAAGCAGUCGGUGGAGACACUAACCCUACUAUUGGCCUACAAGCUGCGCCAUCCCGACAAGAUCUUCCUGCUGCGCGGCAACCACGAGUGCGCCAGCCUCAAUCGCAUCUACGGCUUCUACGAUGAGUGCAAGCGACGCUACUCAAUUAAAUUGUGGCGCUGCUUUGUGGACUGCUGCAACUGCAUGCCAGUCGCAGCGAUCAUUGAGAAGAAAAUCUUUUGCUGUCACGGCGGAUUGAGUCCGAAUCUGUUUAGCAUGGAUCAGAUACAGAUGAUUCAGCGACCGUGCGAGAUACCCGACCAUGGUCUGCUCUGUGAUCUGCUAUGGUCCGAUCCGAGGCCAAGAUCUGUCGGCUGGUGCCUCAAUGAUCGUGGAGUGAGCUACACCUUUGGUGCGGACAUCGUUGCUUCCUUUCUCAAGCGACAUGACUUCAGUCUGAUCUGUCGGGCCCAUCAGGUCGUCGAGAAUGGCUACGAGUUCUUCGCCAAGCGGAAACUCCUCACCAUCUUCUCGGCAACCAAUUAUUGUGGCGAGUUUGACAAUGCCGGAGCCAUGUUGUGUGUCGAUGAGAAUCUGCUGUGCAAUUUUGUCAUACAGAAACCUCAGCCCGCAAGACUCGAUAAAAAUAUGAACUGACAAGUCACCAAACUGAUAGUUUGUGGUCAAAAAACCAAAAUUAUAAUGUAUUUGACAGUGUUAUAUAAAGUCUAGUUAGGUAUUUGUGUAUCCUAUUCAAAUA